AUGUCGUCCGCUUCUGGAAACGAUGAGGCUAAACGGCCCGUGGCCUCUUUCAUCUUCUUACCUGACACGAGAUCCUCGGGAACAAAGCUACUGUACGAAAUCCAACAAGCGUUUAAGCCAAAGACGUUGGCAGACAUUUUGGGGCCCGCGAGAUCCGUCAUGCUUGACCCGCCGUUUUACGACCCUCGGGAGCCAGGCAAAUUCUAUGACCCUGCUCUUGCAAGGCGCUGGUUCUUCACUGACAACCCGAUCGGCGCCGACGAGACAGCAACUGAGAGCCAAUGGAAGAAUCUUAGUUGUUGUAUCAGCGAGAUCAAGGUGAAGGUCUGGCAAGAGGCUAACAUAGUCGGUCGAGAAAACGUUUUCCUUGUGGGGUUUGGAAUAGGAUUCGCGGUUGCGACGGCGUUUCUCUUGCAGAUGGAAGAGCCCAUUGGGGGCCUUUUCGGCGUUUAUCCAGUGAUGCCAUUUCACGUGGAUCUGAAAUACAUUGCUCUAGAUGGACAGACUAAGGCAGUGGUGAACUCUUGGCCGACGAUGUCAGAUGAGGAUGAGACCAGAUCUGAAGCCUCGGCUGGGACUCUUGAUUUCGAUCACGGUAACGAACAGACUCACGAAGCGAGACGCGCGCGAGUGAUGGGAUUCUUCCAGUAUGUCGCGUCUUUUUGGGAAGCGCCGACUCAAAAGAGAUACUGCGAUCGUUUAGACGCUUCUACACCGGUGAUAUUGCUCCACGGCAUGGACGAUGAGCAGAUUCCCUUUACGUACGCAAAGGAGGCCGCGCAAACGUUUUGGAAUCUUGGGUACAAAGCCACGCUGGAUUACAAGGAGGGAGAGGGCCAUGGUCUGUCUCGGAACAUGAUUGGGGAGAUUAUUCACCAUUUCAUGAAGCACGGAAUGGGGAAGGAAGAGGUGAGGGCGCAUUUUGCCAAUCUUCUUUGGGAUGGAGCUUUUACUCCUCCAGAGGUGAUAAAGAGGCCUAAGAGAGAGGAUUCUGAGUAG